AUGCAAUCCUCACUGGCAACGACCCCGGCCACAUCUCGCUCUCAAAAUUCUACUCGGCUGACGUCUGUACCUACUCAAGUCAUGGAACUUAUGCUCGUUGGCAUUGGAGAGCAUAUCCAGACAUUGCCCUCAGGCGGAUCCACUGCGAAUUUGCUGGUUCUCUCUCGGGAACCCUCCCUACCAGAAUUUCGACUCUCCCGAGACGGACUUAGUACUCCGACUAGAAUCAACACCGCAGCCGAGACAUCGAACAGCUCUCAAGAGGCUGACGCUGAUUCUGAUAAUCUCUGUCACUCUGAUGAUGAUCUAGAUCGAGCCACCGGCCUCGCUUUAUCCCAUUGUUCUGGUGUUGAUCUUGACCAACUUGAUUGUUCCAUUUGUAUCAUUGAUACAUCCACCAAACGCCACGAUCAGGGCGUCGAGAGUCUACAUGAAGAGGAAUUAUUUUCGACUAUUGACUGGGAUGACGACGGGUUUUCCUGCUAUGAUGUCGAACAAGGCCAUGCUAGUAAUAGCAGUUCGGCCUUGGAUGAGACUUUGAUUGUCAACCUCGACAAUCAGAGUCAAGGGCAACGAAGCGACCAGCCGAAGAAUAAAGUGUAG